GUGAAGACUGCGCCAAAAUGUGUACAGAUGAACGUGGAUUCCAGUGCAAGUCCUUCCACCACUGCGACGACAGAAUCUGUUUCCUGAGCGCCCUUGACACCGCCGACGGCAAGCCAGUCGACACGGUGAACAGGUGCCACCACUGGAUUUCCAACAUUGACAACCAAACGUUCGCUGAUCUGCCGUCGACUGAGGUUUACUCUGUUAUCCUGGACGCUAUUCGACACGGGAAAUUUAUCUUCAGUAUUCCGUACAAGAAUGACACCGUUGUGUACGAGGCCUCCAUGAGCUUCCACUACAGAACACCCGACCCCCUGGACCCCAUCAGGAUGCAGUUCACCCUCGAGGCUCGCAGUAUGACCAUCAUGAAGGUUGACUACAUUCAAGAAGGGAUGAGGAACUUGGACGAGUGUCUGACCCUCUGCGUGGCCUAUAAAGCUUUCCGCUGCGAGACCGUCGUGCACAAACCUCUUGACCAGCAGUGUAUGCUUCUCGCCUCCCACUACCACGACAUAAACUCUUCUUACAUCAAACCGGAGAGUGAUUCCUGGAUUCAUUCAAUAACAGUGAUCUACAUCAAUGACAGUGAUCUACAUCAAUGA